ACCCCGACACUGCCGCCGUCUCCACACCCCACAACGGCGCAUACACACGCACGCACACGCCUGCGCACAAAUACACACGCACACACAGACAAGUACAUGCGUUUUGUGUUUAACGUGAACACUUGGAUCCGUAAACUGUUCAGCCGCUCCGUCCAUUUUACAUUUGACUGGUCGUCCGACACGCUCGUUUGUCGUAUAAUACUACGUACACUCUAAUACCCUGUCAGCUAAACCCACCAACUGGUUCAUACUAAACUCACGACUGUACACCAUUUGAUAUUUAAAGACCUACUCCGGUUUAGUAAAUAUAAUAUUUCCUAUUAUAAACACCGUGAGCCCAAUCGUUCGAGAUCCAUCUCACGAUAUUAUUAUUUACUUACACGUCGACAAAGAAUACCUACACGAGCACCAUCAUGAGGAGCGAAGUUCUCGAAGAAAUGCCCGAAGCAAUAAUGGAAUAUUUCUGCGAACAAGUAUUGAAACGCGAUUGGCCGAACUGUAUUCACGCAUAUUAUUUUAUCAAAAAUGCAUUUCAAUGGAUGCGUAAAAAUUCAGCAUCGAGUUACAAAUUAUACUAUAUUUCUAAUGACGUUGAAAAUGGAACAUUUAUUGGGAUUUUAUCACGACCUGAAGAAGAAUAUCCGGACGUCAUAGUUACAUACACUUGCCCGGGSAACGAAGAACAAUUCCGAAGGAUACUAUUUAGCACUGAGAUCAUCAAYUGGCAGAAGAAACCGCUGUUCCAAGCUAUUCCGUUCAGGAUGAAGGCCAUCGUGGAAACGAUGAUUGAAGAAAAAGGAUUGAAGAGUAAACUGUACUCAAAUGCUGUGCUUAAGUGGAUGCCAGCCGAUGUAGCCGCCAGAUUAGAUUACGAGAUUCCAGAAGAUGUUUUUAUUGGCCAAUUGACCGUGGAUCAUAUUGACUUUAUCUAUUCGUUAUGGACUCACAGCGACGUUUACCCCAAGUCCGAUCUUUGGGAUACGGUAAGACUCAACAUUGGUUUAGGUGUAUUCAACCGGCACAAUGGCGAACUAUUGGCAUGGGCCAUGUGUGGCAGUUAUGGUGGUCUUAGUACUUUGAUAGUUCAGCCAGAUUACAGAAAUCGUGGUUUUGGUAAGCUGAUUGUGUUGGCAGUUACAAAAGUAAUGGGUGAGAGUGGCGUUUCUCCCCAUGCACUUAUUAAUGAAAAGAACAAAGUUUCGUUGGGCUUGUUUAAGAAUGUUGGCUAUGUUAAACAUUCGACGCCAUUACCAUACGUAGUAGUCGAAGACCCGGAUACUUCUGGGCCAUAAAUACCGGAUUAAUUACCUUGGCAUAAUGGCAUUUACCCCUACGAUUGGAUUCAAAAAAAUAUAUUAUUCAUUCAAUGAAACGUUCGAAUUCCGCUAAAUGAGAAGAAACUACCAUAGCGGAAWCAAAGACGAUUUAUACAGAAACUGCUAAUAAUAUAAAGAUUAAAGAAUAAUGAAAAUUAGAUUUUAUAUAUUUUAUUUUUAAUCAUAAUUAAUUGAUUUCUAAUUGGAUCUGUAAAUAUCCCGUUAUACGGAUAUACUUUAUCAUUAUACAAUAAUUGUAAUAACAUCUAUAAUUUAAAAGUGUUAAAUAUUAU